AUGGAAUCGGAGAUUAACAAAAUGCAAACGAAAUUACCAUCGAAGAACUUCUCGAUUGAAUCGAUUGUUGGAAUCAAUGAUCGUCGUUCGCCUGAAAUUGAUAUAGAAAACAGCAUAUCUCAGGAUUACUCUGGAACUAAUGACCAUUCCGAAGAUGAAGAGCUCAAAGUUAGAGAUGGGAAAAUGAAUUAUUAUUUUCAACAGAAUCGGGUCCCGAAUUUUCCGUUUUUUAUGAGCUACGAUAAGAGGAUGGGAGGGUUUCAGAGUGAACAGGGAGGGCAGCAGGAGGAACUGAAGAGGGCAAGUCCUGGAAGCGUGAGGAGUGAGGUUGAUAGUGACGGAGUGGAUGAUAGACAGCACGAAUCCUUAAGUCCACAAUCGGAGCAGAUGACAAACCCAAACCAGGCAGCACCAGAUCCAAACAUCAGGAGAUACCGUACGGCAUUUACUAGAGAGCAACUUGCAAGAUUGGAAAAAGAAUUUAUGAAAGAAAAUUACGUAUCAAGACCGCGGCGAUGCGAGCUGGCCGCCCAAUUGCAACUUCCUGAAUCAACUAUUAAAGUAUGGUUCCAAAAUCGGCGAAUGAAGGAUAAGAGACAGCGUAUAGCCGUUGCGUGGCCUUACGCAGCUGUGUACAGUGACCCAGCCUUCGCAGCAUCAAUCCUUCAAGCCGCCGCCUCAUCUGUAGGCCUACCUUACGGCUACCCCUCCCCCGCCCUAAUCCCACCCUUCCACAACCCACAACUCUUACCAGCAGGCUACCCAUACCCCUACCCAACUUACCCCCGUUACCCCUACAUUCCCCCAACUCCCCCCUCCCCAGUCAACGCUGAAGCGACGUCGCUAAGGCCCGCGUAUUCAAAUUUCAACUUAAAUGUUGAUAAAUAAUUUUCUAUGUAACUUUCCCGCCGGGAUCUUGGUUUAAAAAGUUUCUGAAAUAGGCUUGGUUGGUAGUCUCGACAAUGAUUACGAUAGAAACCGGCUGUAAUAGAUUUUCAACUUUCAGAUAAAAGGAUAAGGUUGAAAAUCUUUAAAUGAGAUGUAUGACUUUGCGACUGAAUUUUAUCGUUAUUAAAGUCGAGACCGCCCAACCAUGGUAUUAUCGGAUAUAGAUAUUGUGAUUGUAUUUUUGGGUAUCAUCAGAAAAUAAUAAAUCUUUACCUUUAAAAUACUGUUUCGCGGGCAAAGAUUUAUUAUUAAAAUCGUAACCCAUUUGGUGAAGAAUUGUAAAUACUUUUUUUAGUUAAUUUAUUGAAUGCUGGUCAUACUGGUGAACGAGAGUGAACGAAAUGAAUGAUUGUAAUUUUAUUUUUAAAAGACGAUUUAUUUGUGCUGUACAGUUUGUAUAAUUAAGUCUUUUUGGUGAUUAUUCAUUCCAAUUGCUACAAUUAUAGGUAAAGUAGGUAAGAUUUUGUCUACCAUACUAUUUUUUUAAGUACCUAUUUGAAUCUUACCAUUCAUAAAUUUAGGUUA